CAGUUUGAGCCAAGUAUAUUCGACUUGGGUGCUUCAAACGCGCCGUGAAGACGAGACGCUAGCUCACGCCUACUCACCGACCAGCGUGCGCGGCACUGCUGCCGUGACUGCUGCGUCUUCCCCGCUCAAGCCGUCCGCAGGGCGGGAUGCUGUGCGCCGCGCUCAGCGCCUGGGCGCGGCCGGCAUUGCUGCGGCCGCGCGGGGCCGCCCAGCCGGCGACGACCCACCGCACCGCCUCCGUCCCUGGCGCUGCCGCGGCGGGCCGCGCAAGCCACUGCGCCGCACCGCUGGCGGCUGACAUUGACAUUCUGAGGAUCUAUUCCUCCCGCCGGACCUCUGUGAGGGUGGCGGCAAGCGCUGAGGAGCCUGCCGCCUCUUCGCCCUCUUCCCCCGACGUGCGCCCCAGCGAGCAGCAGCAGGCACUGCCCCCGGCGCCCACGCCCUCUUCUCCGCUGCCGCCAGCCGCCGCCGACCCACAUGCCGCUCGCCCGCCGCCGUCAGCUUCGGCCGCCGCUGUGACGGCCGCUCUGUCGUCUGUGGUGGGUGGCGUGGUGGACGCCCGCCUGGCGGGUGUGCGAGGCCAGCUGGUGCAGGAGGUGGUGGCCACGCUGACGUCGAAGCCGCGGCUGCUGCUGAAGGAGCUGCUACUGGCGAUUGGAAAGCAGCACGCGCCGGCCUCCGGAGGGGAUGACACGGCGGAGCUGCGGCGGCGUGUGACCGACCUGGAGGCGCGCAUGGAGGAGCUGGUGGCGGCGAAGGGGCAGCAGCAGACCGGCGAGGACGCGGCCAAGCAGGGCUCUGGCAGCUCAGGCCCCGGUGGAGAGCGGACAGAGGCUGGCGGCGGCGGCGGUGGCGGUGGCGGAGUCGGAGGAGGAGGAGGAGGAGGACGUCGAGCCGGCGGUGGCGGCGGCGGCAGCGGCGGCGGAGGAGGAGGUGGAUCUGCGCCCAAUCUGGCUUUUGGCACUUUUGCUACGACUCUGGCUUUUUGCAUGGCUUUGGCUACUUUGGCCCUCGAGGUCGGACAGCCGCUGUACCAGCAGGAGCUAGAGCAGCCUGCUGGAGCGGCGGAGACAGCGGCGGCGGCGGAGACAGCGGCGGAAACAGCGGCGGCGGCAGGGGUGCGCGCAGUGGGCUCAACGCCCGGACCCUACCCAGGCAUCCGCCUGCCGCGCACCAGCCCCAUUCCCGGCCAGGUGGUCACACUGGACAACGUAUACGUGGGGCUGGUGGUGCGGCGCGGCCCGGACUGGGACAAGAUCUACACAAACUUCAUGGCGGCUGGGGUCGACGGCGGCCCCGGCAAUGACGGCGUAGUGACGGACGUCGGCAAGGGUGGCUUAUUCGCCUCUGUGCGCUGGAGUGCCACCGGCGAGACAACAUACUGCAGCUACAUCACCGGCAAGCCCGGAUACCGCGAGCUGGUGGUGGCGCCGGCGUAGGCGCAGCUGGAGUUGCCGUUGUACCAGCAGAGAUGUACAUACCGUACAUGAUGAGAACGUGACGUGGCAGCUGACGAAGCAGCAGCAGGCAAAGAAGUAAUGGGAGGGGGAUGCGUAGAUAAUGUCAUUCACGCACGUGCAGCAGGUGCUAGCGCUACGGCGUAGCGCUACGGUGUUGUAGUCGCUGGGACCUGUGGCUGGGCGGAGUGGCGCUGCCGCGGGCGGGUGUAUGGCGUGCAGGCGGCGUCACGCACUCGGUGCCGCCGCCAUGGCCCGUGCGAGAGACGGACGCCUGGGCCAUGACCGGUGACAGCGCACGUCUGGCAUGUCACCUUCCAUUUUAGCACUGACAUGGUAGUGUUAGUGGACGGGCUUCAGCCUUCAGCAAGUAGCGAGCUGCAGGUGCGCGGACCCGCCCCGCGGAGGCGCAGAGGAGUAUCAGCCGCGGUAGCACUUGCGCAAGCGGUGUAUUACACCUGUAAAAGAGGAGUGGCGGUCUGGCGGAGGCAUGCAGAGGUAGGGCAAGUGGGCAACUGGGCAAGCAGGCAAUUGACAGCUGACGAUGAGGUCGGGCACGUAGGAUUGAGGUCUGGAUGCACCCGCCAGUUGCCACAGUUGUGAGCGGCCACGUCUUCACAUCUAUGAAGGGAUCCAGGGAUGCCAGCAUGGAGCACGGCUCGAAUGAGCUCAGCUACGAUGACAAUACUUGGGCGUGUGGCUACCUGACGCAGUGUCCGUAGCAAAUUUGGUCAAUAACACAGCAUGAGCUGGCAGAUUUGCGCUAGGGCACGGGCAUAGGGCAUGGGCCACAGGGCCAGGCCGUGAGGGGCGCCUAGGGGCCGGAAAGCCAGGGGGAACGCUGCAGGCAGGGGGCGGGGGCGGGGCAGGAAGCAAAGUGCCAGACCCCACGCCACGACCGACUCCCCCACGGACAAAAACCUUAUUGUUGAGGGGUUUGAGGUCCAUUUAAUACCAAAGUGGUGCCAAUGGAAUCCUCUUGACGAGCGCUAUCACGAUGUGCCAUUCGCUGUUCUGAGACUUCGGUCA